CUCUCUAAAUUUUCCUUCUAGCUUUUGUUUUUUCUUGCCCCCAGUUCUUCUCUGUGAGCUCCACUGGUCUCCCUCCCUCCCUGCCUCUCUCUCUCUCUCUCUCUCUCUCUCUCCAUGUAUAUAGUUCACAUGCUCAAGUUUCAACUUUCAAGGUCAACAACAAGAGGAAGAACUUGCCGUCUUUGAAACGUCCAUGGCCUGUUCAAGAGUGUCCUGGUGGUCAAAGACGCAAAAGGACCGAUCUUCAUUGUGGUGAGAGCUUCCUCCUCCUCCUUCCACUUUUGGGUCUCCAAGAUCUCCUGAAGAAUCUUUACCCUAGUAACCACACAAACGAAAACCAGCGCCAGUACAUUUGCGUUAUCUCCUUUUCAAUUCCUGGACUAGAUCCACAAAGAGGAGACAAAGUGUGAACAAAUCAAGGGUUUUAAUUUCUUCGACAACCACCAGCAGAUGAUUCGAGAAUUCAUGGACCUAUCCCCGCGGAACGACGGCUACAUCACACAAGAGAGCUACACCCCAUGUGCCGAGAUCGAGAAAGAGCACAUGUUCGACAAAGUCGUGACCCCUAGCGAUGUGGGCAAGCUCAACCGCCUCGUCAUCCCGAAGCAGCAUGCCGAGAAGUACUUCCCCCUUGACUCAUCCACGAGCGACAAGGGGCUCCUCCUUAACUUUGAAGACCGAAACGGGAAGCCAUGGCGGUUCCGGUACUCCUAUUGGAACAGCAGCCAGAGCUAUGUGAUGACCAAGGGUUGGAGCCGCUUUGUGAAGGAGAAGAAGCUCGAUGCCGGUGAUAUCGUGUCAUUCCAACGAGGGGCCGGCGAGUCAGGGAAGGACCGGUUAUACAUUGAUUGGAGGAGGAGACCCAAUCCGCCGGAGCACACCUCGGUCUUUCCCAAUCUCCCACUUCCCCAUCAUCAACUCUCGUUCCACCGUUCGGUUCCGUGGGGACUAUCGUCGCUCGUAGGUUCAGCCGUCACAUCCAGUACUACUUUCCUUGGGAACCCUUAUCAGAGCUAUGGAAGCACGAGCAAUCACCCUUAUGGGCAUGGCGACAUCAUAAAUAGUUCGAAUUAUGGGGGCUCAUCGGUGUUUCUCCUCAGAUCGAGCGUGGCCCCACGGCAACUGGGGAUAAUGGAGAACAUGGAGGUACAAGGUGGAGGCGGUGGCGGUGGCGGUCUUCUUGGCGCCAGAAGAGGUGUCGAGCCUGUGGUGUUUGAUUCGGUGCCGGUGGUCCAUGGGAAUAAGGCUGCUGCGAAGAAGUUUAGGCUUUUCGGCGUCAAUAUGGAGUGUCCCGAUUCGGAGUCCAGCGAACCCAGCACAUCCUCAUUGCAACCCCCUCAGAUUUCUGCAACUACUUCGCAGUACCCUUCGCACGAAUUGAGGGUCUAUGACGGGUGGCCACUUCUGAACGUACCGAGCAAAGACAAGGCAUCAUCCAUGUCCUUGGACUUGGAAAUCUGAGAAAGUUAGAGAAGAAAGAUGAGCAAAAAAGGAGGAUACACAGUUUGUGUCAAAGGCAAGCACCAUGAUCAGCUGAGCUAGUUCUUUGUUUUCUGCUUCUACUUAGUCAUAAUUCACAGGUGACUUAGUCUACUGGGAAGGAUCAUCAGAAAUGGAAACAGACAAGAGAGCCGCCACCUAUUUUCAUCACUCUCUUCUUUAAACUUUGUGCAUAAACAUACUUUAACAUCAGUCAAGGGAUUAUUGUUAUUAUUAAAUGGAGACAGAGAUCCAUCAAGUCCAAGAUUUCAUGUUUUUGUCUUUUAUAUUAUUUUCUUUUGGUUUUUCCCCUCCUUGUAGGGCUCGGUUCACGCAGCAAUAUGUAUUUAUGACAUGGUUUCCUCUCAAGGUCUCUUAACUCUCACUUGU